CCGGUUGACUUUGAUCUUCAAUCGAUCUUAAGACGAACUCGAGGAGGUGAAUCUGGAGCUCUCACAAGAGAGGUUAACAAAUACUUGAGCUCAAGAAAGAUGGUUAAAAAGGCAAUCCAAAAGGCCAUGAAGAAUUUCAAGGGAAUCGAAAGCAAAUCCACAUUCUUUUCUCUUAGCAACAAUGCUGAGACUGCCGCCAUUAUUAGCAGGUUGAGAGAGGUUGAAGCAAUCACUCUCGCUGUGUUUGAAUCACUUCUGUCCUUCAUCUCUGGGCCAAAGUCAAAGCCAGGCAGCUGGUCAUUGGUAUCCAAGAUGGUUCCCACCAAAAAGGUUAUAUGUGAGGAAGAAACCGAGGCAAAUGAAUUUGCACAAGUCGAUGCUACACUACAUAAGACAAGCAAAUCCGAGAACGCGCAGAACCAGCUUGAGAAGUUGGAGUUAUGCAUUCAAGAUCAGGAAAAAGGACUUGAGAGCCUAUUUAGGCAAUUGAUCAAAACAAGAGUCUCCCUCCUCAACAUCCUAAAUCACUAGAUGUUUAUGUUUUUAGGUUUUGUACA